GUAAACAACUUAUUUUUUUGCAAGAAUUCACAUCUUUCAAUGCAAGCUUAACACAUAAAGGAAAUAAUUUGCCAAUUCUUCCAAAAUAGAAAACUGAUAAACUAUUUUAAAACUGUUUUCCGAUAAAGAAUAAACUUGAUACUGCGUUAGUCUUAAAGGAGCUAAGAUGAGCGGUAUUUCGGAUAUUCAGUAAGCGAUUUAAAGUGCUAAAGCAAAGACAUAUAAACUAGUUUAUAAGUCCGUGGUUAAAUUGACAAAGUAAAAUACUGCAAUAAAUCAGAAAAAAAUGGCUAAACCAAAUAGUCGGAGCGGCACAUCAAAGACUUCUGGAUCUAAGCCAGUGCCAAGUAGAGCAGGUUCAAUACGUUCAGGGAUGACUGCUAUCACAGAAGAUGAUGAUGAUGAUGAUGGGGAAACACUGGGAACUGAAUUGUCAGCAAUGGUGCCUCGAGCAACCUACAAACCACCAGCAAACUACCACAGCCCCUCUAUGGCCAGGUUUGAAGCCUACUUGGAGAAGACAGAGGUUCAAAAUAUCUUCAGGAAGCUUUUGCACAUGCUCAUCAGUCGACCGGAGCUGCCGUACAAUCCCUUCCCAGGGUUCAGUGGACGCAUUAGGAUGUACCAGGAAAGAUUUCAUUUGCAAAGGGACUCCAAAGAACACAUUCUGCGGUGUUUAAAUAAUGAUCUGGAAAGUAGCUAUAUUCAAAAUCUGUACACGAUAAAGCAUUACCGGAAUGUGUGGGGGGCAAUCAGCAUACUGAAAGUAGUCAACCCAGAUGCCCUCGAGAAAUACCGGUGGCUCAUUGAUGACCUUACACCGCAGUUAGAUCAACUACCAGCCAUGGAGGGAUAUUCAAAUCAAGUGAUGGUUGCUUUGGUGGGGCCUGCAGUGUUUGACGGCUCCUUCUACUCCUCGGUACACUCCAUACAAGUACGCCUUGAAUUCCUCGUCACUGGCUUUGAUGUCACCCAGGGAAUCUCAAUCUUUGUUAACAGCCUGAUGAAGGAGAUAGACCUCAUGUUCAGCAGUGAGCAUCAUUUCCUGUUGGGGGUCAGCGUCCCAGCUCUCAGCCCCCUCAACCCUGAGGUGUGGGUCAAACAUUACUGGGAACCAGAAAAAAUACAGACAGAAAAGGAGACAUUUCUGCAGAGACUCAGUGACGCAGUGAUUGGCAACAGAUAUGUGUCUGUGGAGUGCAUAUUCCUGCAGGACCCAUCAUACAUGUCAUAUGUCAGGGGAGAGAAGCAGUAUGGCUUCAAUUUCAUUGAGGUUAUUGAUGAGAUGAAGGAGGAAGGGAGAAGGCUAGUAUUUAAAAGAAGACUUAAAAAAAAGUUGUCGAGUUUCUGCGAGUAUCCUAUGUCGAGCCUACACGAGGGUGUAUUCUUCGAUCGUGCCCAUGCAGAGGCAUACAUUUCCAUUUUCCACCCACAGUUCGAUGAUUUUGAAACUGCAGAACCCUAUGAGGCAGGGGAAGGAGCCCCACCCAAGAGCCCUGGGAUUGUGUCUCUGGGUGAGGGUACAAUGGCAGGGAAUGACCACCUGUCUCGUGCUGCGACCGCUCGCUCCAUGAACCAUCCCUUCUCUAGCACCCAGCAGCAGGACGUGAACAACGUCCAGCAACACGUGCACAAUCGGCUUGACCACAUGAAUCCUCGCCGAGUGAAGAUUGACGGCUUCAGGUUCGGGGAUGAGAAGUCAUCAGGGCCGUUUAGCUGGCAGAUCACCACACCCAUAAAGUCAAACUACCAGAGGAAGAUCUCAGGCUACUGGCGCGAGGUAGAGCUGUUUGAGAUUGCAUACAGCGUCAUCAUGCUCGUACUAAUGGACAGGGAAGCCUUUGGUGAUGACAUACUGGUGGAGGUUUGGCGUCUCCUGCAUGGCACAAGUGGUGGGCUGCACCUGCUCAUGGAGUACAAUAAGGGGCUUAGGGCCAUCAUACAGGCUGUCGCUAAUACAUCAGAUUACCCAAUGAUUCGUCCAUUACUGAAGCAGUACCAAGAGUCAGUGGAAAAACUGUUCCUAAAUCCUCUGUUGGAGCGAAGUCAGGACCAAAUAACAGUGGGACGAUCCAUCGCUGCCAAGGUGGAGGACAUGAUCUUCGCCCCUGACAUGGAGUUUGCCUCUGCAUCGCAUCUCCAGUUUACACUACGAGGACUGAAGAACAUCAACCUGUACCUGAUACCCCUGCUGAUGGAACUGGCAGAGGACAGCCUGCCCACCUGCCCAGAAAUCACUAAAUUGGUGACAACAUUUGAGGAUGCCUUUCCCGAGGAGGAUCCGCGUCCUCCCACCCGCUACAAGAAACGCGCCCAGGCAACAUCUUUCCAGAAAAAGACAGCAAAUAAAACAGCUGGACAGCAGGAGGAGGUGGAAGAUGAGGUGAUCAGACACGGCGUGGAGGACGAACAUAUCAAACGACAUGAAACAUCUGUGAUUAACAUGAAGGCAUGUAUUGCCAGGGACAUGUCACCACAGGCAAUGGUGAAGGAAAAUGUCCUCAUGAAGUACAUGUUGGAUUGCCACAUAGAUGAUGUAUGGAACAGUUAUCUGAUAGAGCUAGCCGGAGGAGACGUAUUUCCUCCCAACCCCUUCCCCAGGCUCAUAUCGAUACUUAGACAGUCCGCUAUGAAGAUGGAUCUGUUCUACGACAAGUCAUCCGUGGUGACAGAGAAGAUGUUUAAUCUGGAGGUGAAGCUGAUUGAUGCAGAAAACUUCAUCUACAAUGUGCCAGGCAUCGACGCUUAUGGCACCCUGACCUCCCUGAUGAUGCUAGACACAGGCAUCUACAUUCCGCUAGCCCAGAUCUUCCAGAAGUUUCAGCAGAAAUCGUACAUACAGAAGAAAGGCCCAUAUCGUGUGGGUAUCUGCCUUGCCCUCAGUGGUCCAGGUGUCUAUUACGGGCGUGUCCAACCUUACCUGACUGAGAUAGAGUUUCAUGAACACUACUACAUACAGGGGCCGUCGGGAUGCUCUGGAGAGGCAAUUCAACUGUGCUCCGUUAUAGUCCACAAUCACAUGGUGGACAUGAUCACAAAGUCAGGGUUGCCGGUGAUGGGCGUGUACUUCGGGUCCCCGUCCCCUGACCACUGGACUGCUGAUGACAUCCUUGGCAAGAAGAAGGGAUUCAUGACCCAGUUUGCCUACACAUGCUCUCUAAAGCAACCCAUCUAUGCUAAGGCAUAUGUGCUUAUUGAUGGCUGGCGAUAUGUUACCUUGAAAAAGUACUUCAAACUUCACUUCCUAGAGAAUGGUGCAAGACCUGAAAUAUUUUACCCUGAUGACCCAGCCUCUUUCUUUCAGUCGAUUUUCCUUUCUAAAGAUAGGGCUGCGUUCCACUACCAGAACUGCGGGCCACCCCAGGGAGGGGACCCUAUGAGCCUGGCGAAUGUGCGGGCAGUGACAGGACACGUGGAGAAAGCCAUGUUUGAGACCCAGCGGAAGGGCGACUGGCUCCAGUUUUACCGACACCUCCUCCUGCGGGAUCUCAUCAGUCAGGACCAGACCCACCUAGCUGACUGUUGGCGUGUUCUGCACAGUAUGGCUGGACAGGUGGAGUAUGUUGUCAGUAUGAUGGAGGUGCUACAGGAUCUCGUGCUUACAUGUCUUCAGCUGGGCAUAGACACACAGAGCAGUCGCGGGGGGUCAAGGGGCAGCACUUCAAACAAGAGGAGAAAGAACCCGGUUGAGCAGAAAGCACUAACCAAGAUGGUGAUGGCUUUCUACCAGAAGCUGAUGUAUGCUUGCGAGUCUCGUCUCACCAUGGCUGCCCGAUCUCUCACUGACUAUAUUGAAAACAAACUCAAGUCUGCCCUCGAGUUUGAUCCAGAGACUGGCCAGCCCUAUCUUGCCAUCGAAGACAGGUCGAUCUUCAGGCUGGAGGAAAUGAAAAGUAUUUUGAGGAUCUUCCAGGACACGUUGAGUGGCGAUGUGCACAGUGUGUGUGAAGACGUCAUCAUUAAGUACCGACCCAAACCUCUCCGUACACCACAGAUGGAUAAAGGGACUUUCACUGCUCGGGGCAAGGGAACACCGAGGACUGCUGAUAGAAAUAGCAAUGCAGCAGGAGAUCCGUACCUGGGCCAGCCUGAUGUGUUCCAUCAAACGUCACGGCCAGCCAGUGUGGCUUCCAGUAUCCUGGAUGAUCCAGAUUUCUACCGUGCCCCUCACAACCCGAUGAUGACCAUACGCGAGUGAUCUCAAAACAUACAUGCAAACCCAUGCAUUGCUGCCCACAGCCAUUUUCAAUCCUGCUACAUGUGCAGUGCAGAAUGAAUAACAGUUCCCAAACCUUUGGCAUCCAAAAUAACAGUAAAUGUGUAUGGCUUUGUCUUCCUUUUUACAUGUAAAUUUCCUAAACCCUGUUGAAUUCUCUAUUGUACAUGAAUGAAGACAUUUAGCUGUGAUCAACCUAGUGUUCAUAAUUUAGAUUGUAUGCAGUUACUGUUUUAUGCCCCCAUUACAUAGAAGGCAUAUAGAGAUUCUCUUGUUUUGAUACAGAUGUUAUAUUUAUUUUUAUACACAAUAGUACAUGUGUUUAAGUUUUUAAAAGAAAUAAAACCUCAG